UACGCAGCCAACGUCACAUCAUACUCAUACGAAACAAGCGAAACAAAAUGGCGACUUGCUUUAAUAUUUUUGUUUUACGUAAAGUUCCAUUAAAUACGAAUUUGUCAUUCCGUUUGAAGUUUAUUUAAUCAGUCUGUGUUUUCGCAAUUCCUUUUAGAUAAUACAGUGACCAUAACUAUACUUAGAGUGAAAGUACAUUUCCAAACAAAGUGACUAUUGAUUGAAGCCUCACCUUAAACAAAACAGGGCGCCAAAGCGCUAUACAACAGUAUGCUGUUAUUUCUAGUUAAUGAUUAGGUUAUUUGGUUACAAUGUCGCACAGUGUUGUUAAGGUGACCGAAACUCCAGUUAAUAACAGCUUGGUGUUGGUUAUCGAUAAAGACGGAUAUGUGACACCCGACAAAAAAACUGUUGAGGAAUACUUAAGUUCCCGUACCGGUGAAACUGAGCUACACAUUAUGCAGGUUAACAAGUCGGAUGGUAAAAUGAUGGAUGUUACUGUUGAUACAUUAACGUACCUUUCUAGUCAUAAUGAGGAAGGUCCAAGUAGCAUUGACGAGAUGGAUGAAAUACAAAGAAACUUGAUGAGUUUCCGUAUGGAUCAUGAUUAUACGCCAUACACGUACGGAGAAGAGGCUCCCACCUCCAAAGAGAUGGCAGAAAUCGAUGAAUUGGCUGAAACGUUAAGCAUUUUGGAGGGCACUACAGUAUUGAACGAUACAAUUGAGGAAGCUCGACCCCCAAUACCUCCCACAAAACCGGCGCCUGCGACCAAUAAGACAGAAAGUAGGAGCCCGAAAAAACUUCUCACAGUAAUUCCACAAGCUUUAAGUAAGAGAAAAAUUAAACAAGUGGAACAGCCGGUGGUCACGAAACCGGUAAAUAAAACAAAGUCUAAAAAUGUGAAGCAGAAACCAGUGGAAGCGAACAUUGAGGAUAAAGAUGAAGAAUUCGACGAAGAAGAGGAAAGCGAGAACGAUGAAAAAGAGGAAUACAGUGAUGAAGAUCUCUCGUACGAAUCGGAAGACAUAGAGGAUGAUGCGAACGAUUCCGAUUUUGAACUGGAGGAAAUGCCAAAAGUUAAAUCGGCAAAGAAGCCGCCACGGGUUGCUGCACGGUCAAGGGUGGCGUCGGAGUCCGCAUUGCUAAAUAAGAAAACACCAAAAACCAUCAAGACACUUAAACCACUCUUGACAAGGCAUAGCACAGAGACAAAACUUGAGCCAGAAGUCGCCAAAGUUCCGAAACCACCAGAAGUGGUGGUAGACGCGAAGUCGCCGGAGAAAAAGCAACCACCGAAAAAAGAAAAGAAAACGCCCAAACCCAUUCCGGAUGACUUCGCGCUAUUUUCUACUCCGGAUAUUAUAAGACGAGUCGGCGGAAAGCAAGAAGCUUCAAACCCUCAGACUCCGACUACACCUUCAGUACCCGAUUCUCCCAAACUGGCUAAUAAACCUGCAAAAAUAUUUCAGGGGACUUUAACUAAACCCUCUUCGGAGAGAAAUAGUGUAGAUGCGAAGAACAAACGCCUAAGCGCCGAUGGUAAAAUUAUGCCUCUUGAGCAGGAGUACAAACUGAAUCCGCACAAGCUUACAGUAAAUUCGGAUCUUUCAAAACGGAGAGAUAGGCGAUUUAGUGGUGAUGUUAGGAAAAGUGCGACUUUGCCUAACUCAAACAAACCACAGCAUCCGAAUAUAGCAAAUUUAGAGGAAUCUUUAGGUAUCACUUCGAACGACGCAAUGGAUUUGGAACCGAUCCCCAGUGCUGAAGACAUACGUGCAAUAAUCCAAAACGAGGAUACCAAAACAUUUACAACCAGCCUAGUGAUUCCUGAACCAUCCGCUCAACCAGCAGAUCAAUCGGGAAUGAGCCUCGAAAACGCAGGUUUAGAAUUGGACCAAUCCCUUUUAGACAAUAUCAAUUCAGAUUUAAUACCCGAGGAUAUUUUGUAUCAGGUUGCUCAGUCUUUAGUGGGUAAUGCUGAAUUGCAAAAUGUCAUCGAUAAGUCGAUAGUGGACGGUAAUCUGGUAUUGGAUGCUGAUCCUGUACCUUCGGUAAAUACACUGAUGACGCCCAUGCCAACCACGACCAAUCAUGCUCAGAGCUCAGUGGAGACGACGUCACCGACAAUAAAGGGCACUCAAGUUGUGCGUGCAGGAGGACGAGUUGUUGUUAUACCGCCGAUAGAAAGACCAACAACACGUAGUAGAAACAAACAUAAACCAGAAGAAGUCCCUAUAGUCAAAACUCCCGUUAGGAACAUGAAAGGUUUGGAUGAUGAGCAUGUUUCUGGAGCGGAACUCGAUAGUUCCAGUGAAGGUGAAAAGUCUGACGAUGAUGACCCUGACAAGUUGUGGUGCAUUUGUAAUCAACCUCACAAUAACAGGUUUAUGAUAUGCUGUGACUCGUGCGAAGAGUGGUACCAUGGCAAGUGUGUUAAUGUGACAAAGGCGAUGGGUCAUAUGAUGGAAAGCAAAGGGAAAGAAUGGAUUUGUUUGUAUUGCAAGGACUCUUCGCUGUUAAGACCAGCAGCUGCUGCUAGACGGAUACGUAAAGCUUCCCAUACAUCCAGUUCUGAUGUAUCGCCCGAGAAAAAGGAAAAAGUGACGCCGGUGUCGUCCUCUACUGUUAAUUCCAGUGCGAUUCCGGGAUGUUUGGUAUGCGGUAAACCUAGCAGAAUCAAUUCCAUCUACUGCAGUGAUCCUUGCAUAUUAAAACACGCCAAAGUUGUCGAGAAGGUGGUUGUAUUCGAACGUUCGUCAGGUACCAUAUAUACAGGUAGUAGUGCGCCUAGUACGACUAAUUUGGAUAGGUGGCUUCAGCAGCAUCCGGGUUUCGAAGUUGUCCGCUCUGCUAAUGCCAACAAACCAGUGACAACAAAACAAGUGACACAUUCAAAAUUCAAAUUAAAAAGCCAGGAGGGGCCAAACACAUCUUUGGCAAGUCCAUCCGCUGUCCCGCGCAAAAUUAAUAAUGUAAAUGUUAUUAACGUGCGGCCACCACCUGUUAAAGUGGCUCAACCACAACCUCCAACUACACCUAAGCAAGUACAAACUUUUAAAGUAGUGAGUAAACAGUCCCCCACACCGAUGCGAACGAAAUUAAUUCAACCUGCACCCUUACUAAAAUCUCCACCCGCCGCUACUACUCCUCCCGUAAAGCCGAAACCAGUACAAAGACCAAAAACACCCACACCUAUCCCUGUAAAAGAAAAACCUGUACCUCCAAAGACGCCGAAGAUUAAACAAGUAGAGGAACAGUCACCGCAAUCGAAUAAGCAGGAGAAUAUUCGAGACAACGUAAAGAAGACGUUAUUCGAACAACUAACCAAUCGUCUCAACAUUGCUGACGACAUUAAAUUAACCAAAGAAGAGCUGACGAAAAUAUCAAAUGAGAUUGAAUCUCAACUCUACAAAUGUUUCGGUGAUACAGGUCAAAAGUAUAGGAAUAAAUACAGAAGUCUCAUAUUUAACAUUAAGGACACAAAGAACCAGACACUCUGGCGGCGUAUAUGUGAAAAAUCGAUAAACGCAUACCAAUUGGUUCGAUUAUCGUCAGAUGAUCUGGCAAGUCAAGAGCUGGCGUUAUGGAGAGAGCGAGAAAAUAAGCACCAAUUGGAGAUGAUAACCAAAUCGGAACUGGAGCAGCUAGGUCGCAACCGGCAAUACGUUUUUAAGACACAUAAAGGGGAACAAGUUCUGGAGGACAAUCGGCCCAGUGACGCGGUAGAUAAAACCGAGGUGGUUAUGGGAUUGGGCGGUGAGGGUGGAGGCGAAAACGCGAGUGAUGGUAAAAAAGAUUCAAAGGAUAGGGAUAGGAAGCGGUCUAGGGAUCGACAUCGAGACCGCAGUAAAUCAGGCAAAGAUAAGGAUCGAAGAAGGGAUAGGAAACGAGAGCGUCGUUCGUCGAGUGGUGACAAAAGUCAUCACAAAAGAUCAAAGAGUAAAGAUUCCUCGCGUUACUCGGAUAAACAUGUCGCUAGCAGUAGAGAUAAGGACCGUUACCGUUCAUCCCACAAAAGUUCUCGGCAUAAGAAAGACAUACAAAGUGCCACAGAGAAACUCGACAAGAAGUCCAAGGAAAUUUUGGAGCAAUUGGUGGACAACAAAAUCGUACCGCCGCUGGAGGAUCGACUUUGGAAACACGUACAGCAGGAAGAUAUUACAACAGGUUUUCCUUCAGCUCCUGCAGAAAGUGAUAGCGAUCAUGAGCCUACUUCGACUGUGACCAUCCCUACGCCGCCUCGUGUCGGUGACAUGGAAGAUCCCGAGUUUACUCCUCCGUUAAAUAGCGAUGACAAAAUAAGAGAUGAUUCUAGUGAGGAGUUUAAUACAACAAGGGAUACAUCGGAUCUGCUCUCGAGUUCUAUAGACGAUAAUGUUACCAUGUCGCCUCCACUCCCGCGGUCUAAAUCCGACUAUGUUUGGAAGGGCACAAUUAACAUGGUCGAUGUUGCUCAAAUAUCAAUUACCGCACAUGAAGUCUCAGGCGAUUGUAUGGGCUUGGGGGAAGAGCUUCCUGUGUGUCUAGAUGUAGUGGGGCGUAUUUCACCGGAGACUGUUUGGGACUACAUAGGCAAAAUGAAGUGCUCGAAUAGUAAAGCGAUUUCGCUUAUACGUCUCAAUGCUACCAAUGUGGAGGAAAAAAUGCCCUAUCUCGCUUUAUACAGCUACUUAUCUAGUAGGAAUCGUUUAGGCGUCGUAAAAAGUAUUAACAAGGCAGUGAAGGAUUUUUAUAUACUACCUCUUGCCAGCAAAAAGCCCCUCCCACAAGCUUUACUACCAUUAAAUGGACCAGGUUUUGAGGAAUCACGGCCCGCCAUCUUAUUAGGUAUUAUAGUUAGAGACAAACGAAAAAGGCCCCUGUUUAUCUCGAAUCCUUCCACACCACUUAAAAAGGCCCGGAUAGAUACACCGGCAAUUUCUUUGGAUCGUUCCUAUACCCCACCGCCUAGCUCGGAAUUAUCGUUAAAGGUGCCAGAUAGCAAAGCCGACGCAAAUGACGAAGAUGAACCGUACACACCCGAGGAUUCCGAUCCGGAUACGGUUCCAAGUACCAGUGAGGAUAACUCCAAAACUUCGUCUAAUUUAAAUCCCUCCGAUUUGUCAAACAUUUUGACGACCUCUACGAAGUCGACGUUUUUGGACGCGGGACUUGCGACACAAAGCUUUGAGCCGUUCAGCAAUAAAUUUGAUACAAUACCAGGAUUGGACGAAACCGCAGGACUACCUGCGAUAAGCGAGGAGUUGCAAAGAAAAAUGGAAGAACUGGACGAACGGAUCGCGAUGCAAAAAGCCGAAAUACACAACAUGUCGCAGGACAUCGCCUCCAGUACGACAACCGGCAUCGGCACGACAGCUUUAGCCAGCAUUGCCCUACCUCAAAACUUGCAACAAAUUCUUGAUAGUAUUAAGGGAAUAACUCCGGGAAGUGAAGCAGAUUCGCCGCAGAUUAAAUCUGCACCAAGUUCGGAUUUAACCAUACCAUUAAUGCUUCCUAAGAUCAACGCCAGAUCGCAGCAGUCGUCGCCCUUAGUGUCGUCGACGACAAUUCCUCUAAACCUACCAAAGACCAAGAAGAUCACGAUGUCGCCUCAGAAACCCGUACAGCGUCCGACGGAUGAAAAAGGCGCGGGCGUUUUGAGUUCGCUAUCGGAAGAAGAUUUGAUUAGAAAGGCGGCGGAAAUGCUGGGCGAAACUGAUUCCGAACCGAAGUCUACUGUCGAUUCCCCCUCCUCGUAUAAACCUGCCUCCGUUGGAGUAUUUGGUGCUGGUUUAUAUAAUGCUACACCUUCUAACUACGGCCCACCGCCACCCCUUACCCCAUUACCAUCGAAAAGUGCACAGUUAGAGUUAGAUCAACCUCCAAUUCCAGGACUUGAUUAAAGUACAUAUUAUACAGUUAUAUGUAUUUAUAAUGUAUUAAGAUUAAUUUGUUAUUUUUUAAUUUUUUUUAAGCUAUGAUUGCAAUUUUACAAUUUUAAGUUAGCAUGUUUUUUGUACAUAGUGCUGUUUUGCGUUUUGUAAAUUUUUUCCCGUUGCUAAUUUAGGCAAAAAUACACAGUUUAUUAUGAAAUAAUAUUGCAUUAUUCCUUCACUAUUAGGUUACAAUCGGGCCGAGUUGUGAACCUUACACCCUAAUUGAGUGCAUUUCCUCAAAGGCGCAUGUGUGUUUAAUUUUUCUUCCCCACAGUAUCAAAAUUACGUGUUUGACACAGUUUUGAAGGUGUUCCAUUUGCCAUUUGUAGUAUAAGUUACAGCUGUACAUAAAGUUAGAUAUUAUUAGAAACAUUUUUAUAUUAGACUUUUGUAACUUAAGAAACUAAUUUUUAGUACAACAUUAGCGACAAAUUGUAAAAAAUCUAUAUCUUAACAAUGAUUGUUAGUGGUUCUCAAAAUUGUUAUCCAUCUGUACUUCAAAAAAUAUAUAGUUUUAAGAA